CAUCUACGGGAAGUGUAAGAUAGCACAACUAUGGUACCAAUGGAUCUACCGGAAAAUAUGGAUUGCGAAGAGAGAAUAGACACCAAAGGACUGCAAGAUUGUCCGGGGUUACCAGCCGGCUGGAAGAGAGAAGAAGUAAUAAGAAAAUCUGGACUGUCUGCUGGAAAGACUGAUGUAUAUUACUAUAGCCCAUGUGGGAAGAAGCUCCGCAGCAAGCCUCAGCUGGCCAGAUUCAUCGGCGAUGCAAUCGACCUGAGCGCGUUUGACUUCCGAACGGGGAAGCUGCUAUCAUCUGGUGUGAGAAAGAGUAAGAGACUCAAGAACAUUCACUUUGACUACAGCCGAGGGACCAAGCAUGACGCGAGUCUGGUCCUGCCCAUCAGACAGACGGCAUCCAUCUUUAAGCAACCGGUCACGCUCAAGACCAACCACAUCAAGAACAGGACCAAAGCAGAUCCAAAGCAAGACACAAAGGAAACUCCCAAACAGCUCUUCUGGGAGAAGCGGCUACAGGGUCUAAAUGCCUGUGACAUGACAGAAGAAAUACUGAAAUCAAUGGAGCUCCCGGAUGGAUUAAUAAGUGUUGGUCCAGGUCUAACCAAAGAUAAUUUACUUCAAAGCCUUGCAUCAAGCCUACAUCUCAGUUCACAACCCAUUCUUGGUCAAGUAGGCACACAGCCUCACCUGGAUAAGAACCCUGGUGUGUAUCUCAACGCAGACCAGCCCCCAUGCCUCAAGUUCAUGGUGUCAGAAGCAGACAUCAGACGGCAAGAAGAGAGAGUCAAGGAGGUCAGGGAUCGCUUACAGAGGGUCAUGAAGGGUGACCCUGAAGCCAUACAAGGCCUGGUGCUUUAGAACGGUUGCCUCCAGUACCCAAAUGUCCUUCCCUGAAUAAGCAAAGAUGAAUUAGACUUUGCUGAAGAAGAUUGAAUCAGAUGACCCCGUCAUCAUCCCCAUCAUCCCUUGCUCGCUCCUCCCUUCUUCUCCCGCUGGCUGGAGAGGCAGACCAGAUAGCGGUGAUGCUGCCUCCUCGGCGGCAGCGGCCCAGCAUCCUCGUAACCAUGGAGACCCCGCAUCACCCGCCAGCCAAUCCGUCAGCAUCUGGGUGGCAAGGGCAGAGAAAUCAAAGCCUCCCACAAUGCAAUUUGGUUCUGUCGUCUCCUCGGCGAUGAUGAGAGAAUGGUAUGUAGCAUCAUCUCUGCUCCUACCAAUAUCAUCUUGAUGUCAUCAUCAUCCUCAUCCUGUUUCUCUUGAGUUCAGAGAUGCAUGCAACCAAUAUUUCAUCAUGCCAUCGUUGGCUCUCUAGCCCUACCAAACAGUCCAAACAAUAUUUUUGUAUUGCUGUAAUAAAUUGUACAUAUAAUGUUUCAGAUGGAUCAUUCAGAGAGUCGAGGUAGAAAUGUGAACUUUUUGUUGUACUCUGUAUAUUUAGUGUUAUAGCUAAAAAUUGACAGAAUGAUAUGUGAAAGUUUCCUUUGUUAACUGUAAUUAAAAUUGUUUAAAUUUGGCGAACGCAAGCAUACGGCAUAUAAGCCGGGAUACAGUAUUCAGUAUGCACUUAUAUUUUAUACAUGUACAAAACCGCAACUGGUUACAAUACAAAGUCUAAAUUCGGACUUACUUACUUACAAGUUGAUAAGAAUACCUGUUAAUUUACAUUUGAAAUUCACUUAUAUGCAAGUGAACAAGGUCUUAUAUGUUAGCAGGUGUUUUUAAUCCCUUUUGUUUAUGUAGUUUUCCAUUUUCCAAAAAUAACUCUUUCAUCCCAGCCUCAUGAAAACUAACAAGGUUUUGUGUUGAGUUCUUGUUAUUUAUUGCUUUGAGUUUCUGCUCAGUUUUCUCAAGUUCAUUGUUCUCAGUUAAUCACAGAAGGAUGUUCAUCAAAUGUUCUUCUUUGCAUUUAAAUAAGUUCCUAACUGUUGAAUCCUGAUUUUUCAAAUGUUGAAUUUGUUUCAUCUGUUUAUUUAUCGUAGGUUUUCAUAAACUGUAAAAGUGUCUCUAUGAGACCGAGCUUAAGCACAUUAACACUUAUUUUAUUGUGUAAUGCAGUGCUUAUAGUAUAUUAUGGACAUAAAUAACUGGACUUAAAGUAUACAAUGUGCUUAUUUUCAGCAGAUUAACUCAAGAUAUUAGCUGUAUUCACCACUUUAACGUCAGGUAGUGGAUCAUGUGUUGAGGUUGGGCUAAUAAUGUUUCCUUUUUAUAUUUUUGUUAUCUUGAAAUAUUUUCUAAAUUCAAAUGGAAUUCACUACAAUCUAUACCAAAAUAGACAUGAAGGCCAUGCAUAUGAUAUGAUUUGAUACAAUGUGACCGUACCUGACAAUGCUAAGAUCAUCACUGCUAUGUAAGGCAUGCAUACUUUAGUUUUUUUUCCACCAAGAAAAUGUGUAAGCUUGGUUAUUUGAAAUUGUGGAAUGUUAAUUUUGAUGCUUUAAGCUACUUACUACAAGAGUCCAUAGCACGAUACAUUUUUAUAACUUUGGGCUGAAAUAACAUUUUUUCAGGAUUGAAGAUAAAGUUGAGCCCUGGUCAUGUGAUCUUGCAUUGUAAAAGUGAUUGGAGAGGUUUUAUCAUGUAGCAGAUAAGUAUUGGUGGAUACUACAAGGUUUUGGAAUCAAACAUAAUGAUAAGAAAUUGGCCCAGUCUUGCCAAAAGUCACGUGCACUGUAGACAGCAAUGUGUAAGUGGGACUACCGUAAACAAACUUGUGACAUGAAAGUGUGGUCCACAAGCCUUGACUGUUACUUGUGGUGCCAAACGUCAUCGCAAGGUGAAGGUGAGGAAAUUUAAAGAGCCGUCCUUUUUCAGGGGACAUUUUUUUCUAUCAUUCUCUCACAUGUUUACAAAAAAAGAAUGGAAAGGCUCACCUGUCCCAGAACUCAACUUUCUCUUUAAACCGAUCAUAAGAUUGAUAAUAAAACUGAUCAUAAGAUUAAUAAUUAAAACAUUCAUACUGCUGGCGCUGUUGAACGAGUCGUUCUGUGAUUUCAGGAUGAAAUAACACAUACAGUAGGAUUGUUGUAAAGAAAUUUCAUGAAAACAAGACAUCUGCAGAAAAUUAUCAUAAAGAGUUCAUAUGACAUGGCUGUAAUUUUGUUGAUGUAAAUGUAAGUUAAUAAUUUAAAUCUGUAAAUCUAUGUUUGCAAAUAAAAAGUGCAUGAAACAGAAACAUUGUAAA